GUAGCGCUUCAGGGCAUCUGACCGUGGCCAGGUCAGGCCCCGCAGCCAGCAUCCCACAGCCCGAAUACAGUACAACGCAUCCCGAGCCGAGGGCAGCGUCCCCACCCCUCCUCACCCGGUCCUUGCGGGGUUGCUGCCCGACUUCAGCGCCGUAGCGGCCGGAGGAGCAGACAAACGAUCCCCGGCGACAGCAGCUGCCCUUGCUUUUAUCAUCACGCAUGCGCGGCGAGGCGGGGGCGACGGCGACGGCGGCCGAGAGAAGUCAAGGAGGGGGAAUCGCCCGGUGGAUUGCUGGAGUGUGGGAGCGGCGGCAGCGAACCGAUUGGUAUCCGGGCACAGGCGGCGGUCGGCAGGUGCACCUUUUUUUGUGCUCGGCGAAAUAUUUGUCCGCUUUUAUAUCCUGUGAAGACACUCCUCUCAAAAUGUCCAGUCCUGCUAAUGCUGAGGCACAGAUGUCUGAACUGGAACUUCUUUUCAGCAUGUUUCCCAAUGAGAUUACAGUGGAUGAUCAGUUGGCUUUAGCUGAUCUCAGAGACUAUAUACAAGGAAAGAUGCAGAGCUCACCAACCUCAAGACUACAAUACACUGUACACCUUCAUCUGGAUCCUCCUAAUGUAUUGUGUGCAUUACCUUGUGCCUUUCCCCCAAAUUAUCCAGCUGUACUACCAGAAAUUUCAAUAAGGUCAGAUGCGUUAUACAGAUCACAGCAGAUGCAAUUAAAUAUGGACCUACAUGAAUAUCUGAGAAAGAGCUGUUGUGGUGAGAUAUGUGUAUUGAAUGCAAUCGAGUGGAUCAAAGAUCAUGCUGCCACUUACAUGAACAAAGAAAGUAUUCCAGCUGAAAGGAGGGAACUUACUAACAGAACCAAAGAUGCAAUUUGUACCAGACUGUGGAUCUAUAGCCACCACAUCUACAACAAAGAGAAGAGGAAACACAUUCUGGAGUGGGCAAAAGAGCUUUCACUGACUGGGUUCAGUAUGCCUGGCAAGCCUGGAGUGAUUUGUGUAGAAGGAGCACACAGUGCAUGUGAAGAAUACUGGGCAAGAGUAAAACGGUUGACCUGGAAGAGGAUUCUACUCCGCCACAGAGAGGACACGACCAUGGAUAUUACAAAUGUCGAUAUGACUUCUGCAAUACAAAUGUUUCGGAAGUUCACAAAUUUUGAAGAAAAGAUAUUUGAUGCACGUGGAAACAGGGGAAAUCAUAUGGAUCUUGGGCAGCUGUACCAAUUCUUAAAUGAAAGAGACUGUGGAGACAUUUUUCAAUUGUACUUUGGUGUAGAAGGAAAAACUUCCUAAAUCAAUUGUGGAUAUAUGUUGUUUACAUGUAUGAGGAGGAAGAAAAAAAGACUUGUUUAAAUGUGCCACAUUAUUCUCUGAUGGUCAUAAAUUUACAAACUGAUUGCGUUUCUGGAAAAUGUUUCGGUAGGUGUUAAUUCAUAAAUUGAAAAGGCUGGGCAAAGUGCAUUAUGGGAAUCUUGGUACACUAUUUCUGUGCAAGGAGACCAACAUGCUAUUCAUUAUAGUGAAUGAUAGUUUGGUAAAUUGAGACAGGCAAUCUAAAAAGUCCAUGGAGUUAUGGUGAAAAUUCAUAUAUUGAAAUUUUGUAAGUCUUACCUGUAUUACAAUCCAACGUGCAACCAGAUACACAAGUUAGAAUUCUAAUUAAUUUUUAAAAACUAUUCAAUUGAUAGCUAAGUGAAUUUAAUUCUUCAAAAUGGAAUAUUAAAGUACUCCCGCCAACUUUAUGUUCCUUUUAUUAGUUUUGAAUAAAUUUAUCAAUCUUUUUGUGGUAACCUUAGGACUCUUUUGAUCAGGAAUUUCCAGUAAUUGAUAUAUUUAAAGAGCAAGCUAAGUUAAAUCCAUGCCUUCAUAAUGAUUGUAUUUAUAAUUAAUAUGGGUGAGAACAGAGUGGAAACCAUAAUCCAGGGUACUAAAUGCCUCAAAUGAGGACGGUAGAAUUUUCUUUAUGGAUGUUGGACAAUUAUUAUUAGUUUUGUUUAUUAAAAAUCUGAGUGAAGAAAUUUCUCCUCAUUUCGAACCUCUAUGGCCUACUUCUUAUUCUGGGCCUGUGACCCUAGUUCUGGAUUUAUCAACCAGGGGAAGCAUCCUUCCUGGAUUUAGCCUGUCAAGUCCUGCAAGAAUUUUGCAAGUUUCAAUGAGGUCUUCUUUCAUUCUUCAGAACUUUAUACUCUAAUGGCUUACUCUACGUAAUCUCUCCUCUUGUAAUAAAAGCUAGCAUACUAUUUGCUUUCCUAAUUUCUUGGUACAUCAACAUGUUGGCUUUCAAUGAUGUGUACAUGGACGUCAAGAUCUCUUGGAAUAUCAACACAACCCAAUGUCUCACCAUUUAAAAAGCCUUCUUUUCUGUUUUGUGCACCAACCUUGAUAACUUCACAAUUUCCACAUUAUAUUCCAUUUGUCAUGUUCUUGCCCCAUCAUUCUUUGUGAUUAUAUCCCCUUGAAGCCACUUUACACCCACCUCCUUACUCAUAAUCCCACCUAGCUUUGUAUCAUCAGCAAACUUGGAAAUAUGACAUUUGGUCCCCACAGCCAAAUCAGUGAUUGUGAAUGGAAGGGCCCAAGUACCGAUACCUCAGUCACAUCCUACCAACUGAGAAAGAUCCACCUAUUCCCUCUUUUUGCUGGUUGUGUGAUAACCAAUUCUCAAUCCAUAUUAGUAAAUUACUCCUAACUCCACGUGCUGUAACCUUGUUGAUCAAUGUCCUGUGUGGGACCUUAAUGAAAGCUUUCUGAAAAUCUAAACACAUCACAUCCAUUGUUUUCUCCUUUUCUAUCCAAAUAGUCACAUGUUAAAGUGCUCUAGUACAUUACUCAAUACAUGAUUUUCCUUUCAUAAAUAAAUGCUGACUCUGCUCAAUGUUAUUAUUCUUCUCAAGAUGCUCUGUUAUUUAAAUAUAGUCUACAACACCAUCCCCACCACUAAUGUUCAACUAAGAGAUCAGUAUUUCCCACCCUUCUUAAAUAAUGGGGGUCACAUUUGCUACCCUUCAAUCCACAGGAACAAUUCUGGAAACUAUAAAAUUUUGGAAGAUGAUAUCCAGAGCUUUCUCUCUCUCCAUAGCCAUUCAACCACUGCUUUCAGUUUUGAUGCCCUUGACCCCAUUCAAACAUUUAUUAUCUCUAUCUCCCAACCAUUUCCCCACACAUUGUUCCUUCACUCUCUUAAAUCCAAAAGAUUGACCAUAUCUUGCACACCAGAUUCAUCACAGAUAUGAAAUUAAAUGUUUAUU